GUGGGGAGAAAACAGUGGCAGCGAUGGCACUUCUCUUUGCCAUGCAGUCCUUCCAAAGGCCGCCGUUUCUGAUCUUGGAUGAAGUCGACGCCUACCUCGACCACUCCAAUGUGCAGGCGCUCGCAAGCUACAUUGCUUCCGUGGACUGCCAGGCAAUCGUCAUCUCACAGAAAGAUCGCUUCUUCGUGCAUGGCGAGGGCCUCGUGGGUGUGUCCAAAGACCGGGCCCGCAAUGCCUCGGUGGUCUUUACCAUGGACUUGACGCGCAUCCGCCGAGUUCGGGCGGAGCAGCGGGCCCCCGAAGUGGUGCCCCUGCAGUGA